CCCGCAGCCAUGUCGCGGCGGUCGGCGCGCAGACGCCCGGCGGCCGGGGCCGUGGGGGGGGCCCCCGGCGGAGCCCCCGCGCCCGGCGAUGCGGAGCGGGGCAUGGCGGCGCCGGGCCUCACGCUCCUGCUCAAGCUGCUGGCCGCGGCCUUCUACGGACUCAGCUCCUUCCUCAUCGUCGUCGUCAACAAGAGCGUCCUCACCACCUACGGGUUCCCCUCCUCGCUGUGUGUGGGGCUGGGCCAGAUGCUGGCGACAGUGGCCGUGCUCUGGGCGGGCAAGGCGCUGCGGGUGGUCAAGUUCCCCGACCUCGACAGACACGUCCCUCGCCGGACGUUUCCUCUACCUCUGCUGUACUUCGGGAACCAGAUCACCGGGCUGUUCAGCACAAAGAAGCUGAACCUGCCCAUGUUCACCGUCCUGCGGAGGUUUUCCAUCCUCUUCACCAUGUUUGCCGAGGGAUUCCUGCUCAAGAAGAAGUUUUCCUGGAGCAUCCAGAUGACAGUAUUUGCCAUGAUCAUCGGCGCCUUUGUAGCUGCCAGUGCUGACUUGGCCUUCGACCUGGAAGGGUAUAUUUUUAUCCUCAUUAACGAUGCCUUAACAGCUGCGAACGGUGCCUACGUGAAGCAGAAGCUGGACUCAAAGGAGCUGGGAAAAUAUGGCCUGCUCUAUUACAAUGCACUCUUCAUGAUCCUGCCCACCUUGGCCAUCGCCUACUUCACCGGAGAUGCACAAAAGGCCAUGGAGUACCAGGGCUGGGCAGACACGCUCUUCAUCGUGCAGUUCACGCUGUCGUGUGUGAUGGGGUUCAUCCUGAUGUACUCCACAGUUCUCUGCACUCAGUAUAACUCUGCUCUCACAACUACAAUAGUUGGCUGCAUUAAGAAUAUUUUAAUAACCUAUAUUGGGAUGUUUUUUGGAGGAGACUAUAUCUUCACGUGGACCAACUUCAUCGGUCUAAACAUCAGCAUUGCUGGAAGCCUGGUGUAUUCCUACAUCACCUUCACGGAGGAGCAGAGGAGCAAGCAGUCCGAAGUGGGCAGCAAGAUGGACAUUAAAGGGAAAAGCUCAGUGUGACCGGGGAGAGGAGCUUCCUUGGGAGGUGACCGACUUCUGCUCAGCCGAGGACGGGCAGCCCGGGGGAGGAACCCGGGGCGCCUGCCGCGGGGUCAGGGCCACGCUCUUAAUUUGCACAAAUUAGAUUGCUGCCUUUACAAAUGACUGGGAAGAUGAUUGACCGCACGGCAAGGGAUGAAUCUAAUGAAGCCUGAUGGUGAGGGAAUUAAUGGGUCUGUAAUCACGUGGAGAUCUGGCAGGAGAGCCUGGCACAAGCGGCGCGGGCGGCGGAGGGUUGUGUCGGCUCCCGGGGAGGCACCUGGAGCAUCCUCGGCUGCCUCUCAUCCCGGUGGGGGCAGCAGGAUGGGUGCUGGGGCUGGCUGGGAAGGGGAGGCCACGGGCUCUGGGGCAGAUCCAGCCCUGAGGGGAGCAGCACAGAGGGAGGGCAGCACUGGGCCUCGCAGCCCACACCUGGGGAGCUCCGGUGUCCCCCAGCAAAGCCCCUCCUGCGGGAUGCUCCUGGUUUGGGCCAAAAUCCCCUUGUUGAACACUCAGUGCUCUUUGAACUUACAUUUUCCUGUCUUCUUUGUUGUUUUUGUUGUUCUGUUGACCUGCUUUUAAAGCAGGGUUUACCCACCCCUUCGUUUCUCAGAGCCCCACAGGGAUUCACCCCUCUCCUUCCUGCUGCUUGCAGCCUUGAAGGCUUAACCCCACGGGGCUGGCACCUUCCCUCAGAACACCCCAGGGGGGCAAAUCCCAUGGAUUUGGGAAAGCUGCUGGCCAUGCCGGGGCUGGCCCUGGAUCCAAGGAGGAGCAGCAACAGGGUUUUGCAGGAGAGCUGGUGUUGUCCCACCUGGCACAUGGAGCUUCCUCCUUCAGCCCAGAAAUUGGGCUGCAAAGAGAAGCAGCCAAGCCCUGGCCCGUGGGUUGUGUUUUGAUGUUACAAAUCUCCUUCUAUUUGUGGCCUGUUAGAAGAAGAGGAUUUUUAAUUUGUCAGGCAGGGUGAGCUGAUUUUUUUUUUAAAAGGUAGUUUUACAUGGCACUUCUUUCUGAGUCUCUUUGGAUUGUUUUUUGGCUUAAAAAUAACUGUUUAUAGUGUAAAGCCAAUUUUGGUAAAACUCUGAGGGUUUUUUGGUUUUUUUUUUUUAUAUCCUUCCUUUUGGUCACCAGGAAAAUACCUUUCCUAGACAAGAAACUUUGUUUCUGGGAGAUAUUUGCUAUAAAUGUGCCUGCUGUUUGGGGAAGCUGCAUUUGUUGGGAGUGCUUCAUUUUGGUGUUUUUCUGUGUGCCUGAGAACUUGUGUGUCAGUGCUGGUACCACCAGAGGUGAGAGUCUGCCAGCCCCUGUGCUGCCAAAUCCCAUCCCUGGAGUCCUUCUGGACAAGCCUGCUGGAGCUGAGGGCUCCACACUGGGUGAUUCCCUUUUGGGCUUGCUGUGGAGAGGGGUUGGAGCUCAGUGUUGCUCCCCCCUGCCCCGACUCCAAGUGCAGAAUUGGAGAAAGCAAAAAAAACCCAACACCACAAAAAACCAAACCCCUUUGUCACUUUUAUUGCUUCCUAAAUGUUGGUAGAAGCAGCUUUGCAGUCAGAGCUGUUACUUUUUUUGUAGGGAAAGAUGAGAAAUGCUUCCUGCUGCUCCCAGAGCUGCUCCCAGCCUGGCUCCAGGCAGGGUUACUGGUCCUGACACUGGUUCUCAGUAGCCAGGAGGUGCUGGGGCUGGCAGACCCUGUCCUGGGCUCCCUCUGGGGUUCUACCCCACCGACCCCCUGCCUUCCUCUCACUUGCUGCAACACAAACAUGUGCAAAUCCCUUUUUUUUGCCACAUUUUCCUUGUCCCGUCGCUGUGCCCAGGGCUGGCAGUCAGGAUAUGUCCUUCCUGCCCAACGUUGUGAUUGUUUGUUUGUUUUAAUUGCUUUGAAUUUACUGGUUAGAUUUAUUGUCCAAGCCUAAAAAUAUUUGUAAAAGCUUAUUUUGUUGGUAACUCUGCAACACUUGAGGGCAGGGGCUGCGGGGUGUUGUAUACACUGGGAAAGUGAACAGAGUUCCUAUCACAGUAUUUUCUAUGCUAUUCAUUGACUAAAAAAUUUUCUAUAUAGAAUCUAUUUACAAAGAAAAAAAAGACCAUUUUAGUGAUUAAAAGGGUGAUCUUUUUAUGCCAGUGUGCGGCCGGCUUUGUAUCUCAGUCAGUGAUGAGAGCAAAAAAAAAAAAACACAACAGAAAAAGGAUUUAAUGUGCCUUUGUAUUUUUGUACCAGCUUCAAAUAAACCACUGCCCUUCCCUCCUCCUCCUGCCUCUGCCCUCACUGCCUGGGAGCAGCAGCAAAGGUGAUGGAGGAGCUGAGGGUGCAGCUGGACCUGG